CGGGGGACACACACACACCGGAGCCGGGGGACACACACACCGGGGGCCGGCUGCGGUUCCAGCGGGAGCUCGUCAAAGUUUCCCCCCCUCAACCAGCCCCGCGGAGGGAUGUGGAACAAAAAUGCAAUGUGGCAGUGCUGACACAUUUGGGAAAGUAAUAUGCAAGGUUGAGUACUGAAGAGGUUGGGUUUACCCUGUGACAUUUUCUGCCCCGUCGCUUGUUUAUCCUGACAAUCAAUCUGCCCAUGAAGACAGGGAGCAGCUUCCCAUCCCAGAGGCAGCCAUGUCUACCUGCUAAGUGCCUUUAGCCUUUAGCACUGGUGUCAUGACCAGCCUGAAGCACCCACCCAUGGAGCGCACUGUUGGGGGUUCCAUCCCAGCCACUGAUGAGUUUUACACACGCCACCUCCGUAUGGUCAAUGGAGGGAAUGUGCCGACACGCACAGACAAUGUCCAUGCCACUGUGACUACAGGAGUGCCUAAGAUGGGUGUACGGGCUCGGGUGGCUGACUGGCCCCCAAGAAAAGACAUUACAGGGGCUCAGUGGCUCUUAACUGCAGAGCCAGAGAACUCUGUUGUGCCCUCUGGUGGAAAAGUUCACAUUAAGUUAGGCUCCGUGAUGAGCCCUCAGGACUCAUCGAUGCUGCGGAACAUCCACAAUACUUUGAAAAAUCGCGCCCAGGCUAACAAUUACAGUCCUGAAACUCGUUACCUGGCCGCAGGAGACUACAGAGGUCCUGCAUAUAGAAACCCAAGGCAGAGACGCAUUCGUCAGCGCAGCAACAGUGACAUGACUAUCAGUGAGAUGGAAGGCAGUGGGGACAGUGGAGAAGACUGGGGUCCAGCCAUGGGAGCUAAAUGGUCCCCUCUUCAUCGUGAGUACGGUAGCACCUCCUCAAUAGAUCAGCAUGGAGUAUCUGGGGAGAGCUUCUUUGAAAUGCUGAAGGGAUAUCAAGGGGAUAAAGUAGACCAGCGUAGCCCUGCUCCAGCGAAACUGGAGGACAUGUUGAAUGUUGGGUCGAGGCAGACUAUCAUGGAUCUUCCGGAGGAGGUGGACAGCCAGCCGCCUAAAGCCAAGGACAGAGAUAAGACCCCGAAAAGACGCACUAAAUCAGAGACAGGGGGGGAAUCUAUAUUUCGCAAACUACGAAAUGUGCGGGGUGAGUCGGACUCCCCCAGAGCGGGGUCUGAUGUAGAGGACAGCCGGACGGAGGACAUGGGCCCCCCUCUAAAGCCCUGGGUGUGUCAGAAAGGAUUUUCCCAUUACGAUGUUCAGAGCACGUUAUUUGACCUCAACGAAAUUAUUCAGCUGCGGCAGACUGCAGGCAAGAGGAAAAACACCACCACUGGGGCCUCUGCUGCUGCUGUGGCCUCAGCUACCUCCACCCUCUCAUCCACCCACAGCCUGCCUUACAGCUCCCCGAGUGGCAGCCAGGAAGAGCUCAGUUCUAGGGACAGUCCAAGUCUUGAAGCAGGAGAUGAACAGAGCAACGAAAUGCUGCUGAGCUGCCCUUGCUUCCGCAACGAGAUAGGCGCAGAUGGCAAUGGAAGACGCAGAUUGGGAGCAGGUGGAAUGGGUUAUCAUGGGCUUGUGGGCGGUGGAACAGGCAACAGUGGCUCAGGGACCUUGUGUGGGGAAGGAAACUCGUAUGAAACAUCUGUAAGCACACACUGCACAAAUGCUGGAGUCGCAGUGCUCGAGGGACCAAAGGAGGGCCCCAGCACCCUCAGCGAAAAGGGCAAGCAAUAUAUUGUGGAGCAUGUGGACCUAGGAGCCUACUACUAUAGGAAGUUCUUCUACCUUAGAGAGCACUGGAACUACUUUGGGAUAGACGAGACGCUCGGUCCAAUGGCAGUGAGCUUGCGAAGGGAGAAACUGGAUGAGGACAAAGAGCAUGGCCAGCAGUACAACUACCGCCUCAUCUACAGAACGAGCGAGCUGUCAACUCUGCGAGGAUCUAUCCUUGAGGAUGCAGUGCCCUCCACCUCCAAGCACGGCACCAGCCGAGGACUGCCCAUCAAAGAGGUGCUGGAGUACCUUCUCCCUGAGCUGGACCUCUCCUGCCUCAGACUGGCCCUCAACACACCCAAGGUCACAGAGCAGUUGAUGAAACUGGAUGAACAAGGGCUGAGUUUUCAGGUUAAGGUUGGGGUGAUGUACUGCAGAGCAGGUCAGAGCACUGAGGAGGAGAUGUACAACAAUGAGAACGCCGGUCCCGCCCUGGAAGAGUUUCUCAUACUUCUUGGAGAGAAAGUUCGACUUAAAGGCUUCACCAAGUACAGAGCCCAGCUGGACACCAAAACGGAUUCCACGGGACUUCACUCCCUGUACACUUCAUACAAGGACUACGAGAUCAUGUUCCAUGUGUCGACUCUGCUGCCGCACACACCCAACAACAAACAACAGUUGCUGAGGAAGCGACACAUUGGGAACGACAUUGUGACUAUUGUGUUCCAGGAGCCCGGUGCUCACCCGUUCACCCCCAAGGCCAUUCGCUCUCACUUUCAGCAUGUCUUCAUCAUUGUUCGGGUGCACAACCCCUGCUCUGACACCACGUGCUACAGUGUGGCCGUUACCCGUUCCCAGGACGUUCCCAUCUUCGGCCCGCCAAUCCCCAAAGGUGUGACUUUCCCCAAGUCAACAGUCUUCAGGGAUUUCCUGUUGGCCAAAGUCAUCAACGCUGAAAACGCUGCCCACAAGUCUGAUAAGUUUGGUGCCAUGGCAACACGCACACGGCAGGAGUACCUGCGCGACUUGGCGGAGCGCCACGUGACCACCACGCCGCUGGAGCCCACUGGAAAGUUCCCCUUCAUCUCCCUGGCACACAAACGGCGGGAGAAGGUGCGUCCGUACAGUGGGGGGGAGCUGCGGAGUCUUGGGGCGGUGACCUGGCAGGUGCAUGCUGAAGAUCAGGUGGCUGGUGCUGAACGCGAGUGCCUAUUGGCCAUCUCCAAUGACUUCAUCAUCCUGUUGGAUCAGGAGGCCAAAGCGGUGGUUUUUAACUGUGCCACACGGGAUGUGAUUGGUUGGUCAACGGGGAGCCCCGCCUCCAUGAAGAUCUACUAUGAGCGUGGUGAGAGUGUGUCACUGCGCUCGAUCAACAACAACACAGAAGACUUCGGAGAGGUUGUCAAAAGACUGGAGCUGUUGACCAAGGGCUGUCAGACCACAGAGAUGACCCUGCGCCGCAACGCUCUGGGCCAGCUGGGCUUUCACGUCAACUUCGAGGGCAUUGUAGCGGAAGUGGAGCCCUACGGUUACGCCUGGCAGGCUGGGCUGAGGCAGGGCAGCCGCCUGGUUGAGAUCUGCAAGGUGUCAGUGGCCUCGCUGUCUCACGAGCAAAUGAUCGACCUGCUCCGCACCUCCGUCACCGUGAAGGUGGUCAUCAUUCCUCCACAUGAGGACUCCACACCGCGCAGAGGCUGCUCAGAAAUCUACCACAUGCCACUAGUGGACUACAAGAACCACAAGGAGGGAAUGCCCUAUGAGUUGAAGUUCCCCUUCCGCCCAACCAACAACAACAACACUAAGUGGCCACGCACCUCAUCCAGCCCUCAAACACGCGCCGCUGGCACAGGGGGAACGCUGAUCAAGGCCCCGCCCCCAGACCACAGUGACCGUAACUCUGCUGUUAUACCUCGGAGUGUGUCCAGCGACGGUCGGCCACUCAACCCCAAAAGAUACUCGCCAGGGAACGACAACUACGCUAUGGCCUGCUCCAUCGCCAUGGGUCGCACAAUGCACAACACAAACUCCCCGGCCAACCUCUCCUACCCCGACCCCAUGAGCUCCACCAACUGGAGGCAGAAGUCUGCGCCUGAUGGGUUUAAUAACAACAACUGCCAGUCCCCUGUGUCAUCUGCGCGGCAGGCAGCAGGUGACGGUGCCAAUGGGAUCAAAAGUUGCUCGAGCACUGGCGUCGGAUGGUCCCGAACAGGGGAGGUUGAUGCGAGCAGACAGGGAGACAAAGCCAAUGCAGACGCUGGGGUUUCCAAGGCGGUGAUUCCUCGACUGCAGCUGGCAGAGCAGAGCAGCCACAUGUCUCCAAACAAAAGCACUAAGUUGGAUGCUCCAUAUUCAUCCAGCCAGUCGAGCAGCAACACGCUCUCAAGCAACGCCUCCAGCUCAGCCCACAGCGAUGAGAAAUGGUACGAAGUCAGCUCACGUUCCGGAGUGCGGAGCGAUCUAGAGCUGAACGGCUACCUCCAGGGCGCCUCCACUGACAGCGGCAUCGACGCCACCUCCUUCACCGCCACCCAGAGCAGCACUUCCUCCUCCACAGGUGCCUUCAGGGCUAAGGACAAAAUCCCAUGGCAGGAUGACACAGCAGGCAGCCAGAGGGUAACUGACAGUUCACCUCCAACUCCAGACUCUCUUGUUGCCGUCGGCGGCAGCGACGUCCCAGCGAAGAGCCCAACAGCGUUACCACUCGUUCCUGACGAUGGCUCCUACAGCCUGAACGACGCCACCUGCCACUCCAGUUCUGGCCACUCAGGGAGCCCGAUGGGUCACGGCUGCAGCCCAGUGUCACCACAGGAAGAGACGGCUGAGGCAGGCACUUCAUCUACAUCCCAGAACCCCCAGUCUCCAGGGACCAAGAGUUUCUACCCCCGUCAAGGAGCGACCUCGAAGUACCUGAUUGGCUGGAGAAAACCAGGUGGAACCGUCAACUCUGUGGACUUUGGCAACACACGCAAACGGCACCAGAGUGAUGGUCUUCUGGGCGGCCAACCACAGCUCAGGGCCAAUCUCCGGGGGUCCCAGUCGCCUCAGCGGCACACUGCCAAGUCCAGCCUUGAAGAAGACUUGAAGAAGCUCAUCACACUUGACAGCCCUCCACCUACUACAAUUGAUGAGAAGCCGCUGUUUCCGGGUCCGCCACCCAGUCGUCGCUCCCUGCAGAGAACUCUGUCAGAUGAGAGCAUCUACAGCGGGCAGAGGGAGCCAUCCUCCAGUGGACAACGUGACACGCCCACUGACCUUCUGUUCAGCUGCUCCACCAUUCCACGCUCACCCACCACUCGCACAGGACCAGGCCGGCGAGUGUCACACAAAUCCCUGGGAGACUUGUCAGCCACAGAGACCUCAGAGCUGGAGCUGGAGAAGAAGAGGCAGCAGCUGCAGGACCCGGCCCUCAUGCCUCUGCCAGACAAUGGGGCAGAUGGUCCGCUGGACUGGGCCCACCUGGUGGAUGCUGCCAAGGCCUUCGAGGAGCAGAGGUUGGUCUACCUAGCAGCCCAGGAGGAGAACUCCCUGGCUGAAAGUGCUGCAGCCACCAGCCCCCAGCAGGCUGAACCCCAGGCAGCCCCACUGAGACAACCCUCGCCUGGAGAGACUCCACCCUGUAUGACGGGGCAGGUCGGCCAGCUGGAGUCAAUGGUGAAGGCCCUGCAGGAGGACCUCAAGAAGGAGAAAGAUGCUAAGGUGUCACUGCAAGCUCAGAUCCAGAGUCUGCGAGAGGACAACCAGCGCCUCCUGGAGGAGUCGUACAGCGCUUCAGCCAAGCUCAAGAAGUUCACAGAGUGGGUCUUCAACACCAUCGACAUGAACUGACACGCGCAGCCGCUGACUGCUUGGUAUUAGGAGUUUGACCACUACUCAAGCUGAUCUGCAUCUUGGUCGUUCAGUACUUUGCACACUUAAUGUUUCUUCAAGGACCAAAACUCAUAACAUUUGCUGUUUCUCUUGGGCUUUUACAAACCAGUGCCAACACGGACUUGAACACACUUGCCAUCCUUCUUCAGCCUUGUGCAUUUGUGGUAUAAUCAGCAUGAAAGACCAAGAAUCAUUACAAGAAAAGACACAGGGAAAACAGAAAACGAGCUGUGGUCC